ACACAGCAGGAGAACUCAGUCCACAGAGCAGAGAACCAGACAAGAGCAGACCAUAGACCUCAGUCCACAGACCAGAGAAUGAGAGAGAGACCAGACAAGACCAACUAAACAGUGGAAACACUGUCAGUCAGACGAUGGGGUGGAGAACCCUUCUCUUACUAACAGGGCUGUUUUUACCCUCUCCAUGCCAUCCUCAGUACCACUUUGUGAACAUGGGCAAGAACUGGACUGAAGCACAGAGAUACUGCAGAAAUAAGUACACUGACCUGGCCACCAUAGACAACAUGGAGGAUAUGAACAGACUGAUCAACACUGUAGACAGUGGUUAUAAUGGAUCAGCCUGGAUAGGGUUGUAUAAUGGUGUUAACAGCUGGAGGUGGUCUCUAGAAGAUAUGGACUACUAUGGUGAGGGAGAGACUGAGUUUAGGAACUGGGACAGUUCAGAUGUCAAAUACAUUGAUCAGCACUGUGUAGUGACAGGACAGUAUGGGACGUGGUGGGAUCUCAUUUGCGACCAAAAUUAUUACUCGGUCUGCUACAACGGGAAGACAACCAUCAUUUCUGAGAGGUUCAUCUUGUCAAAUGAAAGUAUGACGUGGGAUGAAGGGCAGAGCUACUGCAGACAGCACUACACAGACAUGGCCAGUGUGAGGAACCUGGCUGAGAGCAGGAAGAUAGGGAACAUUGUACCGAAGGGAAACUGGGUGUGGAUCGGCCUGUUCAGAGACUGGAGCUGGUCGGACCAGAGUAACUCUUCAUUCAGAUACUGGCGUUCUAGAGCACCCAAUAAUCGCUACGGGAACUGUGUGUCGGUGUUCGGUAAAUCAGGCAAAUGGGAAGACUACACAUGUGGAACAAAACUUCCCUUCUGCUGCUACGGUGCUCCCGCAGUGACGAAGACUCAGCAGGUGGUGCGAGUGAAGCUGAUCCCAAAAUGCCAGAACAUGGUCCUGACUGAUCCUGCCAUUCAGGAGGCCAUCUUGCAGCAUAUAAAGAAGGAAUUGACUGGGAAGGGGAUGUCUGAUGAUGCCAAACUGAGAUGGAAGGAGCAGCCUGAUGGGAAGAUCUUCCACAAGGAAGAAAAGGGGAAGAAGUAAGAAGGAGAAACUGAACCGAGUAUGAAGCUGUAAAUACUAUUACAGUAGAGACUAAGGGGACUUUUCUGACCAACAUCCCAUUUACAGCUCGACUUGCCAAAACCCUGAAAACUAACCCUUACCAUAACCCUAACUAUAUCCUUAACCAACCCCCUAACCUUAACCAAACACAUAACCAAUGACGUAUAUAAACCCUGGAUUGUUGAUGCUACAGUAUUUAUUGGCCAUUGAGAGACUUUGAAGCCACAGGUCGGCCAUAUUGGCACUCCCUAGUAGGAGCAGUCCUCCAAUGGAAUUGAAUAGAAUUCUACAGUAUUUCAAUUAAAAUGUUCAAGGACAAAAUUACAUGUUUUUAAGUAUGUUUUGUUGUAGUGGGGACAGGAACAUUAGUACUCUCCAAAAAGAAAUACUUUACGGAAUGUUUUUAAAAUAUAUUGUUUCAAUUUUAUGUUCAGCUUACAUAGUAUAAUUUUAAAGUAUGCAUUAAGGAGUCUGUUAUAGAAUAAAUAUGUCAAAACGGAUGUAGACAUUAAUAAGUGCAUUUCUAUAGCUUCCAAAAUAUUUUUACAAUUGGGGAGGAGUGCCAAGAUAGCUGCACCAGUAGCUUCAAUACAGAGCAUGAUGCCAGUCAUCCAGGGUUUGUACACAUCAUAGCACGUAACCCUAUUCUUAACCCUAACGUUCACCUGAUUCUAACCAAUUUGGAUAUUAAAUAUUGUCUUUCACCUCAGUCACGUCCGCUUAGUUUUUCCUUACUGUCUCAUAUCCCUUAUAUUCUAAUUUUCACACUCUAGCCAGUAGUUAUUUUGUAAUAAUGAUACAUUAUGUCAAAUUGCAUUUGGAUUGUGUUUUCACACUUAAUGCUGUUAUGAAUUGUUCAAACUAUAAUUCCAAGACAUGUCUAAAUGUUUCACCUUUCUUGUUACUGAUUCAAUGUAUUUACUUUUCUUGUUAUUUCUCAGUUUCUAAGAGUACACAACUAUGUUAACAUGAAACUGUGUGAUUGAUAGAUAGUAACAUUUUUAUUAAAAUGUUUUAAUUACUUUAUUUCUUAUUAUGAUUCAUAAUUAUUUUAAUAUAGUUUAUAAUGUAUUUUUAAACCAUUCUUACAGUGAUAUUAUUUCCAUUUCAUACUGCAUUUAUACUCUAGUAUGGAUAUACAGUAUAUAAACAUGUUAACAAAUAAUUGUCUUACUCUUUAAACUACUGUUGAUGUAAUUACAUUAAUGAAGUGAAAUACUAUUGAAGACAAUUCUGAGUCUGAAAUGGUUGAUUAGAAGUUAAGAAUCAGCAACUUUAUAUUACCGUACUGUAAUGUCAUGUUUAAUAGAUAACAUUGUACAUUGAAUUCAGCAACACUACUCAUCACAACUACAAAAUACAGCAGUAGGGUUCAAAUCAACAGUGUUUUACAAACUAUAGGGUAUGAUAUGUUUAAAA